UUCAACUUGUCCAUUUAGUUCGGAAGCAACUUCUGCCGUGUUUGGUUUUUAAUUUUGUUAUUUCGUGCGUGUGUUCGGGUUAUAAAACUAUUUGCCGCCGGUUGUUAGUUGUUGUGUGCCGCAGUUGACAGAAAGCAAAUGGCUGCAUGCCGCUUUUGCUUAGUGCCAUUGAUAGAGUGCAAGAAUUGUGUAGUGAAAAUUUGUAUAAAAUCUCAUUAAAUAUUUGAAAUAAUAAAGCAGUUUUGGAAAAUUGUGUAUGAUAAAUACAUUCAACACUUGAGGAGUGUGAAAGUGGUGAAAUUUUUAUAAGAAAUUGUUAUACAGUUACCAGCAGCAGAAGCCAGAUUUUCAUAAGAAGAUGUGAAGUAAGUUGAAGAAGCAUAUUUGUUUGUGUGUAAUAUUGAAAUGCAACUUGUUCUGGAAAGUGCAAGAUUCAAUAUGAAGAAUUCGUGUUUGAUAGUGUGUUAAGUCAUAAAAGUUACUUCAAAUUUCAAGUAUAAUUUAAAUAAUAUAAAGGAACUAAGUUCUUGGGAAUAUUUUUUCAUAAUUGGAAAGUGAAUUGGAGCCUUGCAAAAGCCAAACGAGCUUCUAAAGUCAUGUAGCAUAUACAAAACUGGUGACAAAUUAUGUAUGUGGAAGAAGUGCUUAAGGAGGAGCUGUAAAAAAUUUAAAUAAAUCAAAUUUGAAAUCGAAAGUUUAUAUAACAAAUACAUGAAAUUGGAUUUACAAUAUAGAAUAAAGUGAAAAAAAAAUUUAAAAGUGAAGUGAAGAAUAAAAAUAGUUGUAAAAAAACGGAAAAAUAAGGAAUAUCUAGCACAGUAGGCCUCAAAAGGAAUAAGCAGGUCUAAUAGCGUUUAAUAAAAAUAAAUUAAAAUUCAAAAAUUUGAAAAUUGUAUUUAAAAGAGCAUAUGAUGCACUAAUCUAACGAUUAUUAUAUAAGAAUUGAGAUAAAAAAAUACAAAACAUCCUUAAAUUUUCACCUAAAAAUCAACAAAGCAAAAAUUUCAAAUUAUUUUAUAUUCAAAUGCAAGCUAAAAUUUUUUAAAAAAUACCGAGCCAAAAUUGGAAUUGAAGCAUACUAUUCUACUGCGAGUGUGUACAUAGAUUCCAAAAAUAAGCAAAUGGCUCCAUGUUAAAAAAAAAACAAGAAUUUUUUGUUGGCAAUAAGGAAUAUACAAUUCUUGCUGAAAUUUAAUUGAAAGUGUGAUUAUCAAAAAUUAAUUUUAAAAGGUGAAAGGUGAAGUCGAUAAGCUGAAAAUACAUGUUUAAUAUUGAAAUAUUUCAAAUUAAUAGUGACCCAGAAGGAAUUGUGUUUCAAAAUAAAUGCAAAUAAAAAUUUUCUUUGAAUUACAACAACAAAGAAAGUGCUGAGUAUCCAUAAAAAAUAAAAAAAAUAUGUAAUAAAAUCACACUAGAAGUGUUCAAUUGCAGUAUGUUCCUCUGAACUAUCGAGCUGCUUCAAUAUAAAUAAUAAAGCUUACAUAAUUCAAAUAAACAUAAAAGCUAUAAAAAAGAGUGUGUGAAAAAUCCCCACACACAUCGCACAUCAUUAAAAAUUCUACGUUCGCGAAAAUGUACGCGCAUCAAAGCAAAAUGCCGACGGCAACUCGCAACUGUAACAUCGCGCUAAUCUGUGCCAUAAUCGUCGCUUUCACUUGUGUCACACCGCCGUCCGUACGCGCCGUGCAUCGCUAUGAACAAACGCCCGUCGAAGCGAGCCCCUAUUACCGCACCUCCGCAUCGGGUGAAAUGAUCAGCUCAUCGGCAAUGACAAGUGAUGCAUUUCCGCAUCAUAAUCGCUGUGAACCGAUCACAAUUUCGAUUUGUAAGAAUAUACCCUACAACAUGACAAUAAUGCCGAAUUUAAUUGGUCAUACGAAGCAAGAGGAAGCCGGUUUGGAGGUACAUCAAUUUGCGCCGCUCGUCAAAAUCGGUUGUAGUCCCGAUUUGCAAUUAUUCCUUUGCUCUUUGUAUGUGCCGGUUUGUACGAUACUCGAACAACCGAUACCGCCGUGUCGUUCGUUGUGUGAAUCGGCGCGCAUCUGUGAGACACUCAUGAAAACGUAUAAUUUUAAUUGGCCGGAAAAUUUAGAAUGUUCGAAAUUUCCUAUUAGCGGCGGUGAGGCUCUGUGUGUUGCCGAAAAUACAACUUCGUCGACACCAAAACCAACGCGUAGUAUGCCGAAGGUGACGCCACGUAAAAACUAUGCAGACAGUCCGCAUCGUAAUAUCGGUUUCGUGUGUCCGGUGCAGUUGAAGACCCCGCAAGGCAUGGGUUAUGCGCUCAAAGUUGGCGGAAAGGAACUACGCGACUGUGGCGCACCAUGUCAUGCCAUGUUCUUCCCCGAAAAGGAACGCACUGUACUCCGCUACUGGGUUGGCUCUUGGGCGGCUGUCUGUGUAGCGAGUUGUCUAUUUACGGUGCUGACCUUUCUCAUUGACUCGUCGCGUUUUCGCUAUCCGGAGCGUGCUAUUGUUUUUCUCGCCGUUUGCUAUCUCGUCGUCGGUUGCGCGUAUGUGGCCGGUUUGGGUGCGGGCGAUUCGGUGGCGUGUCGUGAACCCUUUCCGCCACCAGUGCGUCUAGGACGGUUGCAGAUGAUGUCGACGAUAACGCAGGGUCAUCGCCAAACCACCGCUUGCACGGUUUUAUUUAUGGCGCUGUACUUCUGUUGCAUGGCCGCCUUCGCUUGGUGGUCAUGCUUAGCGUUCGCUUGGUUUUUAGCUGCCGGCCUCAAAUGGGGUCACGAGGCGAUCGAAAAUAAAUCGCAUUUAUUUCAUUUGGUCGCUUGGGCGAUACCGGCGUUGCAGACAAUUUCGGUGCUGGCAUUGGCCAAAGUUGAAGGCGACAUACUCUCCGGCGUUUGUUUCGUCGGUCAACUGGAUACACACUCACUCGGCGUCUUCCUCAUACUACCGCUUUGCAUUUAUCUCUCGAUCGGCGCACUCUUUCUACUCGCCGGCUUUGUAUCGCUCUUUCGCAUACGUACCGUUAUGAAGACAGAUGGCAAGCGUACGGAUAAAUUGGAACGUCUCAUGAUGCGUAUCGGUUUCUUCUCGGGUCUCUUCAUAUUGCCAGCGCUCGGUUUUCUCGGCUGUCUCUUCUAUGAAUAUUACAAUUUCGACGAAUGGAUGAUACAAUGGCAUCGCGAUAUCUGCAAGCCCUUCUCCAUACCAUGUCCACAGAUGCGUCAGGAUGGUUUGGAGUCAAGGCCCAUCUUCCAGAUUUAUAUGGCCAAAUAUUUGUGUUCAAUGUUGGUGGGCGUCACAUCGAGCGUGUGGCUGUACUCGGGUAAGACGAUGGUCAGUUGGCGUAAUUUCGUCGAGCGGCUGCAGGGGAAGGACCCACGUACGCGUGCUCAGGCCUAUGUUUAGUUUAAUUAUUAUAGUGAAGAAGAUUAAUAUUAAGGUAUGUAAAUGUUAAUGUUUGAGUGCUUUUCUUUGAAGUUGUGGCUUUUUGUGUGAAUGAGUGUAGUUUCUGAGUGAGUGUAUUUUGCGAGUGAAAAUUUUGAGUUUUUAUUUUUAUUGUAUUUUUUUUUACUAUUUCAGAAAAAACUGAAAAUGCAUACUGCUCAAUAGCUUAAUUACACUCAAAUUUUUGAGUGAAAGCCAAAAUGUUAGGUUAUGUGCGUCUAUAAAAUUCCUUAAGAAAUGAGAUUAUUCCUCUUACUGCUUAUGAAUGUGUGUGUAGUUGAAAUUAAUUGUAUUGUCCUUGAAACUGUAUUUAUGAGUGUUAUUUAUAUAAGUGUGCGCUAAGUUUACUCAUUAUUUGAGUGAGUGUUUUUGUGUGUAAUGUAAUUGAGCCAUUUUAUUGAAACUUUUGAGUGCAAAUGUUAAAAAAAAGUACAGCGUGUUAAAAAGCUCAGCGAUUCCCAAAUUUUAUAAAAGAAAAAAUAAUCAAAAUUAAUUAUUAAGUCCAAUUUUCGUGUCUAAGUGCUUCAAUUGUACGUAUUACUACUAUUAUUAUAUAAUUUAAUUUGAAUUAAGAGUGUAAAAAAUUAAGUGCAGAUCUUUAGUUUGUAGUUGUAAAAGCUUUACAUGUGCCCUAAAGAUAGUUGUAAAGAUGUAGACAGUUAAAUUAUUAUGUCAUGAGUAGAUAGAGGAGGCAGUAGAGGAGUUCAAAAUAUAAAAAUCAAGAUCAUAAAGGUCAAUAGACUCUUCAAAGCUGAUUCAAAAGUUUUGGGUAUUUUCAUCAGAGAUAUUACACAAAAUGAACUGUGUUUCACAAGUUCAUAAAUGUUAUUGCUUUCGUAAAAUAUAUGCCACAGUGUUUGAAAGCUUAGUUGUUUUGUUUCUCGAGGUCAAUAAACUUUUCAAAGCGGGCACAAAAUUUUUACGUCGCUCCAUAUGUCAGAUAACACCUAAAUAGCGUUGUUUCACAAGUUCAUAAAUAUUCUUAAUUUUGACUAAUGAUAUACUACUGGGGAUAAAGCUUUGUUGUCUUUAAAGUGGACUGAAAGGUUGUAGGUCUCUACAUUUGUCAGAUAUUACAAAAAAAAAUUUGUUCCACAAGUUCAUAAAUAUUGUUAAUUUUGACUAACUAUAUACUACUGGAGAUCAAAACUUCUUUGGACCAAGAUGAUUUAUAUAUUGUAUAUAUUUUCGAACCUUCCUUCCAAUAACGCUUUAUUUUCAAAACCUACUCCGUUGGAGCAGAAAUUAUGGUCCGCUCACUAGACAGCAAAAAGGUGAAUCAGUAAACUCUAAUGUUUCACUUUGCUUAAUGUUUCUCUAAUUUUUUUUAUCAUUUUCAAAAAUCUCUUAACUGCCUUCUCUUCAAAAUUGAACCUAAAAACUCGAAAAUUAAAAUUUAAGAAAA